GAGGCGGGGAAGAGAGGCGCGCUCCUAGAGAAGCCACGGAGAAAGGGGCGCCGGUGGGUGCGGGGGGGGGGGGGGGAAGCCGCUUCCAGCCCCUCCCGUACGCAGCCGUGGAUCCUCCCGGGAUGCCGACUGAAUGGCCGGGCGGGACGCCGGCAAGAGUGAAAAGACAUACUUGAUGCCUUCUCCACCAUCUCCCGCGCUUGGCAAAAGGAAGGAAGCCGCCAUGCAGCCAGCUCAGGGUGGGGUGUCCUUUGAAGAGGUGGCCGUGCAUUUCACCAAGGAGGAACGGGCCCUGCUGCGGCCAGCACAAAGGGCGCUGUACAAGGAAGUCAUGCUGGAGAACUUCCGGAAUGUGUCUUCUCUGGGUCCUCUGAUUGCUAAGCCUGAGCUCAUAUCCCAGCUUGAAGAGGAAGAAGAGGUGUUUCUUGGGAUCCUCUAUGAAGAGGAGGAACCGGCAGGAGAAGUGGAGUCAGCGAAUGAAAUGAAAGAGCAUUGUGUGAAGGAAAAACAAGACAUAUAUUCAGAUGGAAAAGACGACACUGAAUAUUGUGAUGCCCUGGAAAAGGAGAACCCAUAUAAAUAUCUGGAGUGUGGCAACGACUUCAGUGAGAGUGGACACCUUAUCUCCCAUCACAUUUUUCACACAGGGGAGAAACCAUGCAAAUGCCAGGAGUGUGGAAAAUACUUCAGUGUGAGUGGAAACCUUACUUCUCAUCGAAGAAUACACACAGGGGAGAAGCCAUAUAAAUGCCAGGAGUGUGGGAAAAGCUUCAGUGAAAAUGGAAGCCUUACUUCCCAUCAAAGAAUUCACACAGGGGAGAAGCCAUAUAAAUGCCUGGUGUGUGGAAAAGGCUUUAUUCAGAGUGGAAACCUUACUUCCCAUCUAGGAAUUCACACCGGGGAGAAACCAUAUAAAUGCCCAGAAUGCGGAAAAGGUUUCAGGACAAGUGGAAGCCUAACUUCCCAUCAAAGAAUACACACGCAGGAGAAACCAUAUAAAUGCCAGGAGUGUGGAAAAGACUUCAGUCACAGUGGUACCCUUCUUUCCCAUCAAAGAAUUCACACAGGGGAGAAACCAUAUAAAUGCCUAGAGUGUGGGAAAUGUUUCCGUUCCAUUACGAACCUUACUUCACAUCGAAGAAUUCACACAGGAGCAAAACCGUAUAAAUGCCUGGAGUGUGGAAAAGCCUUCAGAUUCACAGCAGGACUUACUUCCCAUCAGAGAAUUCACACACAUCAGAAACCAUAUUCAUGUCUGGAGUGUGGCAAACACUUCAGUCAGAGGGGACACCUUACUUUACAUCAAAGAAUUCACACAGGGGAGAAACCAUAUAAAUGCCUUGAGUGUGGAAAAGACUUCAGUGAAAGGGGAAACCUUACUUCUCAUAAAAGAAUUCACACAGGGGAGAAACCAUACACGUGCCAGGAAUGUGGAAAAAGUUUCAGUUGCAGAACAAAACUGACUUCCCAUCAAAGAAUUCACACAGGGGAAAAACCAUACAAAUGCCUAGAAUGUGGAGUAUCCUUCAGUCACAGUAGAAGCCUUGAUUCACAUCAAAGAAUUCACACAGGAGAGAAACCUUACAAAUGCCUAGACUGUGGAAAAGAUUUCAGUCGGAGUGGAAACCUUCUUUCCCAUCAAAGAAUUCACACAGGGGAGAAACUGCACAAAUGCCUGGUGUGUGGAAAAGCCUUCAGUCACAGGUCAAGUCUUACUGCACAUCAGAGAACGCACACAGGGGAGAAACCAUACAAAUGCCUCGAGUGUGGAAAAGCCUUUGGUCGGAGUGGACACCUUACUUCCCAUCAGAGAGUUCACACAGGGGAGAAACCAUAUAAAUGCCUUGAGUGUGGAAAAGCCUUCAGUUGGAGUGACAGUCUUACUUCCCAUCAAAGAAUUCAUACAGGGCAGAAACCAUAUAAAUGUCCAGAUUGUGGAAAACACUUCAGUCAGCGUGGAAACCUUUUUUCCCAUCAAAUAAUUCACACAGGGGAGAAACUGCACAAAUGCCUGGUGUGUGGAAAAACCUUCAGUCACAGGACAAUUCUUACUAAACACCAGAGGAUUCACACAGGGGAGAAACCAUAUAAAUGCCUGGUGUGUGGAAAAAGCUUCAUUCAACGUGGAAACCUUACUUCACAUCAGAGAAUUCACACAGGGGAGAAACCAUAUAAAUGCCUGGUGUGUGGAAAAGCCUUCAGUGAGAGUGGAAACCUUACUUCCCAUCAAAGAAUUCAUACAGGGCAGAAACCAUAUAAAUGUUAGGACUGCGGAGUAGUGUACAGGCAUAGUAUAAUCCUCACCCCCCCUUAAAGAAUUCGCAGAAGGGGAAACUGUGUAAAUGUCUGUUGUGAGGAAAAAACUUCAUUCACAGGAGUGUUGUGUGGUUUCUGGGCUAUAUGGCCAUGUUCAGAAGAUCCUUUGACAAUGCCAUCCACAGAUGCAGGCGAAACGUCAGGAGAAAAUACUACUGGAAAAUGGCCAUAUAGACCAGAAACCACACAACCCCCCAGUGAUUCCGGAUGUGGAAGCCUUCGACAAUACUUCAUUCACAGUACAAACCUUACUACCCAUCAUAGAAUUCAGAUUGGGAAAACCAUGUAAAUGCCUGGUGUGAGGAAAAGACUUCAGUCACAGUACAAAUCUUACUUCACACGAAAGAAUUCACACUGGGGGAAAUAAAAUAAAUGUCUUGAAUGCAUAAAAA